AUGGGCGUUCAAGAUCAACCCGCCGAGGUCGAGUUUUGUACCUUGGGAAUGUUUAUAAUUGAUGAGAUUGAUUUUGGCGAUUCAAGACCCGGAGUCAAGAACGUUCUCGGUGGAGCAGCAUCGUUCGCUGUCGUGGGUGCUCGCUUGGUCUCGGGCUCGAAGUAUGCACGAUCUGUAAGCUGGAUCGUGGAUGUCGGCUCUGAUUUCCCUGCGGAGACGCUUGAUGUGAUCAAGUCGUGGAACACAGACUGCCUAUUUCGAGAGGAUCAUAGCAGACUCACAACGAGAGCCUGGAAUGGGUACCAUCCCAACGAAAAACGAGACUUCAAAUAUUUGACUCCGAAAUUGAGACUUGAGCCUGAGAUGCUGUCUGAUACGCAGGUGUGGUCUAAAACAUUCCAUAUGGUCUGUUCUGCGUCUCGAUGCAUGUCUAUAGUGCAAAAUAUUCUGGAGCGUCGAGAUGAGUUGCGGAAGGCGGGAAAGGCACCGUCUGCCGCGCAUGCUACCAAGCGCCCUAUCUUUGUUUGGGAACCGGUUCCUGAUCUCUGUACCCCGGAAGAACAAGACAAGUUUCUCGCCGCAAAUAAGGUUGUGGAUGUUGUAAGUCCUAAUCACAUGGAGCUCGGCAUGAUGUUUGAUCAGCCUGGGUGGUCCGAGGAGAGUCAAUCAGGCCAGCAGCUGGUCCGAAGGAUUACAGACUCCGGUAUUGGUCCCGAUGGAAAUGGCAUGCUGGUUAUUAGAGCAGGAAAGGACGGUAGCUACGCCUACUCCAAAUCUUGCAAGAUCUGGCUCCCCGCAUAUCAUCAACCCGAUGGUUCAGUUGCUACGCCCGUACUUGACCCUACGGGAGCAGGCAAUUCUUUCCUAGGUGCUCUAGCCCAAGGCAUGGUUACUGAAGGCCGAGAACCCUUCCACGUCAUUGACUCUGUUCUAUCGAAUUCUAAGACGUGGAUGAAGGUCCUUGACUCUUGGGAUGAUCACCAAUAUCAUCCUAUGGCACUGAUUUGCGCAACCGUCGCAGCUGGAUUUGUGGUCGAGCAGAUCGGUGUGCCACAGAUCGCCGUUGAUGGAAGCGGAAAGGAAUUAUGGAAUCAAACUGAAUUCACGGAACGUGUCCGCCUGUACACGCAGCGAUUAUUGGGAACACUUGAAGAGUCUCCUCAGAGACACCUGUUGAUCAAUUGA